AUGCAAGGUUACAAAAUUUUAAUUGACGACGAAACGGAUAGUACUCAUCAAAAAGAGAAACCAUUCAAGAUUUCAAGACCUAACAAGGAUGUGCCGUUAUGGUUAAUCGAGUCGAAUCGUCGUCAUGGUAAACCGCACAAUGGUGGAAACUGGGCAACACAUGUUCAAUUUCAACUUCCACAAUCUAUUCGUAUUCCAAAACGUUUAGCUACAAAACUGGGCCGACCAACACGUGCGUUCACAGCGGUCAAAGUGAACGAUGACACCGUUAUAGUCUCACCAGCCCUAGUAUUCAAACUCAGAGGUCGAUAUAACAACAAUACAACUGUUGAGAGCACCACACGAACAACUGAUGGUGGUGAAUGGUCUGAAACCACACGUGCAUCUACAACCGUCAGUGAUGAACCGGACACAGAUGAACCAACGGAAGAAACCGAAGAACCGGAAAUAAGAACAACAGACAGACCUGUCUCAACAUCAACAACUGACACAGAACCUGAAAAACGUGGAUUUAAUCAUGAGCUCUACUUCGAAGAUGAUGAAUAA